AUGAUUUUAGAAACAAUGGAACUAAGAGGUUCAUUCUUAAAUUCUUGCCAACAAACUGGGUCUUUAGUGCCUGAAACACAUAUAAAUGGAAACAGAAAAUCAGUAACUACACUAUCAACAUUUAACAAUGUAGGAUCUGAUAAUUGUGGAUCUAUGCCUACUGUACAAAAUAAUUUGCGUUCGUCAAGAGGAUUUUAUGCACGAUUAUCACCAUUGGGUAAAUCUGGAACAUCAUCUGGUCUUAAUGCAACUGAAUCAAAACAACAGAAAGAACCAUCAGAAAGCAAGUUAAAUGCUCUAUUUGAUCAAUAUAAGGAUUCACAUGAAGAUGUAAUUUUAGCUGAUGGUAUAGAAAGACUUUGUAAUGAUUUACAAUUGUCACCAGAUGAAUUUAAAGUACUUGUUCUUGCUUGGAAAUUGAAUGCUAAACAGAUGUGCCAAUUUACACGUCAAGAAUUUGUAACAGGUUUGAAAAUGAUGAAAGUAGACAGUAUACGUGGUAUACAAGCAAGAUUACCUGAAAUUGUUCAAGAAUUAACUGUAAACAAUGAUUUAUUUAAAGAUCUCUAUCGAUUUACAUUCCGAUUCGGUUUAGAUGUUAAUUCUGGUCAGAGAAUAUUACCAGCUGAUAUGGCAAUUGUUUUAUGGAAACUUGUUUUUACAAUACGUGAACCACCUCUUUUGUCAAAAUGGCUUAAAUUUCUUGAGUGUCAUCAUGUUCGAGGCAUACCUAGAGAUACAUGGAAUAUGUUUUUAAAUUUUGCUGAAAGUAUUGGCAAUGAUCUUAGCAUUUAUGAUGAUGCAGAAGCAUGGCCAAGUUUGUUUGAUGAUUUUGUGGAAUAUGAAAAUGAUCAAAUGAACCAAAAUAUCAGUAAAGAUGAUUUGAAAGAUGCUUCUAUUGAUAAUUAAUAAUAGGAAAAACUAAUUAUAAA